CCCGACUGCCGUAACCCUAAUUCGACGAACUCGAUCGAAAUUGUUCCAACCGUCCACAGUAACCGAGGACACCGAUAAUACGCAGGAAGAAUACGCAGUUCUAGCGAUCCGACACCCCACCCCGCCGUGCGAGCGAUCGAGAAAUUACAAUAACCAGGAAAUUGAAGAGAAGGAGUAGCCAAAAUGUCUCUCACAAAUUGUCGGUUUUACGAGGAGAAGUAUCCGGAGGUGGAGAGCUUCGUGAUGGUCAACGUUAAGCAAAUUGCUGAGAUGGGCGCAUACGUGAAGCUCCUCGAAUACGACAACAUCGACGGUAUGAUUCUUCUCUCCGAACUUUCGCGACGACGUAUCAGGAGUAUCCAGAAGCUCAUCCGAGUUGGACGAAACGAGGUUGUGGUCGUGUUGAGGGUGGACAAGGACAAGGGCUACAUCGAUCUGUCGAAGCGACGUGUGUCGCCGGAGGACAUCGUCAAGUGCGAGGAGCGCUACAACAAGUCCAAGAUGGUACACUCGAUCAUGCGCCACGUCGCCGAGAAGACCAACACCCCUAUCGAGGAACUCUACCAGACCAUUGGCUGGCCGCUCAACAAGAAGUACGGCCAUUCCAUCGAUGCAUUCAAGCUUUCGAUCACAAACCCCGAGGUCUGGAACGAUGUCACAUUCCCCAACGACGUUGUCAAGGAGGAAUUGCAGGGCUACAUCAGCAAGAGGUUGACACCGCAGCCAACAAAGGUCCGCUCCGAUAUCGAGGUUACUUGCUUUGGAUACGAGGGCAUCGAUGCCGUGAAGACGGCACUGCGCAAGGCAGAGGCAAAGAACACUGCAGACAACCAGAUCAAGGUCAAGCUUGUGUCGCCACCACUUUAUGUCCUUACAUCACAGUGUCUCGAUAAGAACGCGGGUAUCGCUACUCUGGAGGAGGCUAUCAAGGACAUUGAGGAGAGCAUCACAUCCGCCGGCGGAAGCUGCGUGGUCAAGAUGGCGCCCAAGGCCGUCACCGAGAAUGAUGACGCUGAGCUUGCUGCGCUCAUGGAGAAGAGGGAGCGCGAGAACCAGGAGGUCAGCGGAGACGAGGAUGAGAGCACGAGCGAUGAGGGCGGUGUCGUUGAGGCGGACGCUUGAAGUGACGAAGUGAUGAAAAAGACCUUGAAAAAGCAGGCAUCCGGAGUUCAGGAUCUGGAAUCUGGGCGAUUGUCCAAGCAUGUAUAGUACCCAAUAGAUGGUAAUUGCAUGUUUUGAUAUACUACGCUUCCAAUUAUGUGAGGACUGAAGUGGCCUUAGGAUGCAUUGUCUGCGUCUAGGAGCCAGCUAUCAGCCAGAUGUGUACAGAGUAUAAUCCUACCUUUGCACUUUCGAGUAGCAGGUUUCGGGACAAUUGUCUGUCCAUUCUUAAGUUCAAUCGCGAUUUCACGAAGGCAGUCCCCGAUAUUCGCGGCGACGUCAAUAGAUUGCACG